GCUCUCGGCCCCGCCAAGCUCCCGGGCCCAGCCCAGCCCAGCUCCGGCCAGCUCGCCUCUCCCGAUUCCUUGCGGGGGGGGGAUCCCCUUCAAGCCCGCAGCAGCGGCCUCCCGAAAAACUGCAGGACCACGUUGAUUUGCCAUUCUAAAAGAAUUUUUUUUUCCUCGCAAAAUAAAAAAAAACCCAGCCCGGCUUGCAGCGGCGAAGCGAGCCGGGGGCCGCCGCAGCCCAGCGCAGCCCAGCCCCAGCUUGGCUCUUGCUGGAGCCGCCCGGACGUGGAGCAACACGCGGGCACCGAGUCCACCUGUGUCCGCCCGAGGGGGAACCCGGGAAGAGGCACAGCGAGACGAACCUCAGGCACAACCCAGGGAGGCGAGGCCCCGACACCCCCCCUCCACCACCCGGACAGCGGCCCCUCCAACCCCCCAAGGCUGCAACACGGGCUUUUCUGCCUGGCUCCAAGUGCCGCCCCAGCCCAGCCCGAAAGCGCGGGGUGUGUGUGUGGGGGGGGUGAAAAGGAAGGGAACUGGCCGCUGGGGUACACCCAACUUUGGAAAAGUUUCCGGGGGGCUCUGGCCCGCUGAUUUCCCCUUUCUCCGACCACAGGUUCUGUGAGAUUUUUUUCACGUCCCCCCACCCCAAAUACUGCGAUUAAUCUAAGCCUGGGGGAGAGAGGAUUCGCCCUCUCUCGCCUGUGUUGGGGAGUGCCAACAGGAGUGCCCUUUUUUCUGAAGGGUCAGAAGCCCCAGGCCCCGCGGCCUUCCCCAAACAGCCCCCUACUCUCUCCCCACCCACACUCCGGGGGACGGUGGAUGCGCGCACCGGCUCGGGAUCCGCCCGGGUAGCGCCCCCAGGCCGCCCCGAGCGCCAGCGCCGGCGGCUGCAGGAGAAAGACUCGGCCAGAGCGGCCCCAGGCUCGCCGGGAGCCGGGCGGGGGGCGACGGCGCCCCGGGGGCCAUGCGGCUGAGUGGUGCCGGGGGCGGCGGCGGCACCAGUGGGAAGAGCCCGAGCGCCUAAGCCGGUGGGAACCAAGGCGAGCGGAGCCGAGCGCGCACACCCUGGCCUGGAAGCAGGCACGGAGGCGCCCUCCGCCCCUGUAUCCAGAGCCCCGCGGGGCCGGCGGCGUCGGGAUGAAUUGCUGGGCGCUCUUCUUAUCUCUCUGCUCCCUGCCUCUGGUCAGCACCGAGGGGGACCCCAUUCCUGAGGAGAUCUAUGAGCUGCUCAGCCACCCCUCGCUCCGAUCCAUCAGUGACCUCCAGCACCUGCUGCGCAUAGACUCCGUAGAGGAGGAUGUGGCAGCACUGGACCGGAAUAUAACCCAGGCACGUUUCUCAAGUGAGCCGGUCAUCCUGUCUCGUGAAAGGAGGAGUGUGGCGGCUGUGACUGUGGCCGAGCCAGCCACGAUUGCAGAGUGCAAGACUCGGACUGAGGUGUUUGAGAUCUCCCGACGCCUCAUCGACCGCACCAACGCCAACUUCCUGGUGUGGCCGCCGUGCGUGGAGGUGCAGAGAUGUUCUGGCUGCUGUAACAACCGCAAUGUCCAGUGCCGCCCCACCCAGGUGCAACUGAGGCACGUACAGGUCAGGAAGAUAGAGAUUGUGCGGAAGAAGCCGACCUUUAAGAAGGCAACAGUGACCUUGGAGGAUCACUUGGCCUGCAAGUGUGAAACAACAGCAGCCCCCCGGUCCUUGACCCGAAGCCCCGGGAGCACCCAGGGAAACAGAGGUGGGGCCACCCCAAACAAGGUGACAGUGCGGAGGGUUCGGAUCCGACGGCCACCCAAGGGGAAGCACCGAAAGUUCAAACAUACCCAUGACAAGACGGCCCUGAAGGAGAGCCUUGGAGCAUAGAGGCACCCGCCAGGGAGAGCAUGAUGGGCAGGUUUAUUUAAUGUAUUUCUCGUAUUGCCCCCAUGGGGUUCUUGGAGUGAGAAUAUUGUUCUUCUUGUCUGUCCGUCUCGAUGGCCGAUGCGGAUAGCAAAUGGUGCUUCCCCUGCCCCCCCGGCCUUGCAGUGGAUCUCCUGUCCCUCCCGCCUGAGCGGCCCUCUUGCCCUCUGUGCCCAGCUGUUCCUGGGGCUCCCAAAGACCCUGAACCUCCACCAACACCCUUCCUGCUGGCAGUGGGGAGGAAAGGAAGAAAUGGAGGACACCUUGUCUAGAGGGGCCUUUUCUUCCAUCCCCUGCUUCCUCCUGGAGGCCCCGCCUGGGUGAUAGAUGGGACACCCACAGUAGGGGCCUGCGGGGCUCGGAUGGCUCCACGCACUGGCCCACCAAGCCAAAUUUUGCCCCGAGGACGCAUAGGAUUGGCCUGGCCACAUGGCACUCCAGAGGCUGAGUGUCAUCCCGUGGCCCUAGACUGGGGGGCUUCAGGCAAGAACCUUCUUCCUGUGUGCCCCACCCCAGACAGCACCCAAGGAGCACAGAGUUGGAUGAGGCUGUUACUCUCCCCGCAUCCUGCCCAUCCCCUGCUCGGUUAUUUCACUUUUUAUGCACAUUAUUUUGAAACUGUGGUUUCUUCUGAAGCGGGUUUUGCCAUGGGAGAGCAGCCUGUGGUCAGUCGUGCUGACGGGAGGCUCACUCCUGCUCUUCAGAGCACUGUCUUAGGUGGGCUAGAGACUGUUCUGUUGAGGGAAGCCGCACCCAAUCUGGUUAUUUCCUUACUCUAUCUCUGCUGCCUCAUUCGCUGUCCCUCUCCUUUCUUCCCUCCUUCCUUCUCUUUGCCUUCAUUAUCCUACAUCGUGGUCAGCGCCCAUGCUUCCCCAACCCCAGCCUGUCAGUUCCUGGAUGGAGCAGAAGAGGGGUGUUAGACACUUCCAGCCUUGGCUCAGGCAAGCCCAGGGGCAGGAGUGGGAGGGAGGGAGUGAAGGCCCCCAAGGAAGGGGAGCAGGUAUGGUGUGGCGGGAAGACCACGUAGUCUGGGGUCUGCUUCUAGCCUCUGCCAUUAACACUCCCCACCCCUAACCUCAUCCCAACCUUGUGACCUUACCCAAGUUUUUUCCGCUCUAUGUCUCAGUUUCCCUAUCUGUAAAAUGAGGGGGUUGGACUAAAUGGUCUCUAAAGUUCUGUCCAACUCUAAAAAAAAAAUCCGUCCCUGGGUGUCUUGGGCCUCUUUUUGGGUCUCCUUUGGGGACAGCCUAAAGAAGAGCACCUUGGGAGAGAGGGAGGCCCCAAAGUGACCUCAUUUGCAGUUCCCAGAGGCUGCUGAGUCUUGGAGGACACCCACCCUCCAGCCAGUUCCCAGGGUCUCUUGGGGGAAGGACUCAGUGGGAUGAUCUGGCAAGAGGGGUGCAGGAGGCUUCCCUUCCCAUUCUUCCCAUCUUCUUCAGCUCUUCCCCCUACUCAGAAACCUGCUUCCUUCGGUUUGUAAAGUUGGUGAUUAUAUUUUUUUUGGCUUUUCUUUUAUUUU